CGGCCCAACUUCACCUUGAGCCAAAUCCACUUACACGCAGCCCAUUCAUCCAACCCGCCGCCAACCUACUAAGACCCUGACUAGGUAUGGACCGACCAGGCUGUUCGAUUUCCCACAUACUACGCUACUUACAUCCGAAUUAUAUUCUCCUUCUCCAUGUUUCAGGUUGGCCAUUCUUGCAUUUGAAAAAUACAUCAUCGUUUAGCCCAAGGCUGGUUCUGCCGAGCUGAUUGGCAUCCCGGUUCAUCGUGGCCCGGCCGUAUCCAUCUCGAGGAUAAGAGGACCGGUCCUCCUCCUCCUUCCGUCUCUCUUCUGUUCUAGUUCUUCAGUAUCAACUCUCUGGUCGGAUAGGAUCAGCUUUUCUUUUUCAUCCUUAUUUAUUAGAUAUUUUUUUCGAGGCAGGCCGCUGGCUUCACGACCUGAAUUUCCUCUCUUAGCUUCACAGCAUCAAGCCUCCAUUCACACCAGUGCUUUGCCCUCUACCAAAUACUCAGGAGCCGGCUCUCCUAUCCACCUUCACUUUAUAAUCUAUAAUCGUCUAGUUCUUGUCUAGGCAGACAAGAACACUCAAAUCUAAAUAUCGACAUGGCUACUCUGGCAGGAGACAUGUCUUUUGACUUUACAUUCCCUUCAUGCGAGCCCGUCACGCCACCGAGCUUCAAUUUUGAACCAUCUCUGCUUGAAUUUUCUUAUCAUCCCGGACAUGCUCGCUCAAGCUCGUAUGGAUCUUUUUGUUCUACUACCGAGACGUCGCCCUCCGACUCGGUUAGCACACGGGUCACCACACCGUCCCGCUCACCACCGCCAAUCCGACAACAUGGCCCCAUUCUGCUGCCCAAGAUUCGCUCCCAGGACCAGGCCAUUGAAUCGCCCGCCAAGCGUGUCAGGACAUCGCCUACUCCCGCCCCAAAGCCUAGCCGCCGCCCAAGCUUCCGCCCUUCGCAUACCCGGAGCUAUACUAACCCGGAGACUUUAAAUCACUUCUCAAACGCAUUCUUUACUUCUCAGGACGAACAAAAUACCAUGUCUCAAUCGCUUCUAUGCUCUCCCAUCACCUUCCCUCAGGAUAGCAUGAACCAGCCCCGCCGCGCCUCAGCCGUCAGCCUCGAUGGUGCAACGCUUGAGAAGUAUGGCUUUCCUACUUAUCGCCAGAUGCCAUCAUACGUUCCAGCUGUUCCCCAGCCCCAGAACGACCAGUUCUUCUAUAGCUACGCGCCUCGCGCCCCUUCUCCAUUAAACCUCUCUUCCACCCCUACACCUGAUCCAACCCCAUCCACUACUCUCAUGAACUACCUCACAACAUCCAACCCUGCUCCGUCUCUGGUGCGCACCAUCUCAUUCCCAAUGCGUGACCCUCAUACCAAGCAUUUCUGGUGGGAUGUUCGCCAAAUCCGAUCAUGGACCAGCUUUAACUUGAGUACAAUACUCUCCCUUCCCGGAGCAUCUGGUCUCCUGAACUGCCCAGUCCCGCAGCCGCUUCUCCAGCAGCCCCCCACUGGUGCACGUCACCCCGAGACAGAAGCCGCACUCCAUGCAAUCUACGCCUCUUACUACAUCCCUAAGCUUAACUCGGCCCUUGGGCUUUCUUCCCAGCGACCUGUCCAGCUCUCUGUUCCUUCGACCAAGGCUACCACAACUUCAUCUAAUGACCACGUUUUCGUGGCUAACAUUGCUGGCGAGUCCUCUACCGCAGCAGCAAUCUUCGGUGGUAAGCCUACAGCUCGCGUGGUUGGACUGGUCAAAUCUUUCGACCGUUUUAACACGGGUAUGCGUGUUGAGGGCAACAUCAAGCGCGUCGAGUACCUACGAGGCCUAGCUCACUUACACCACGUAAUGCGCGAGCACGGCACACGUUAUGGAUUUAUCUUAACUGAAAUCGAGCUAGUUGUCUGCCGCAACGGUGCUGAGGGCACCCCGCAUUUUGGCUACCUAGAAGUCAGUAGUGUCCAGCUUGCUGCGACGGCCGACUCAGUUUCUGAUGAGAGUGAUGAGAUCCCCCUAACUGCUUGUCUUGCACUCUGGGGCCUGUGCAUCAUGGCCAGUGAUGAUGGCGUCAAUUCCCACGGCCUAGGUCUUAACGGCCAAGUCACCUGGAAGGCAGAAAUAGGAGCUCCCGCUGAGGGGACGAGAAGAAAGGCGCUUCCAAGAGAUGACUGGAUGCCUCAACCGCAGCUCGCAGAGAAGCGCGAAGCGAAACGCGCCAGGGGGUGGGUCUUCCCAGAAGAGCCUGUAGGCAGGAAGGAGCUCGGAAAGAGAGGUGUCCGGUAUGGUGGCUGUUAAUUAAUUAUUAUUUAGUUCUAUUUUUUGGGGGGGUGAGCAGGUUUGGCUGGUUCCAAUCCUUGUUCGUUGGAUCUUGUGGAAGCAGUGUUUUAAGCGGAUGAGAAAUGAGGCAUGAUUGACGAACACUGGCUUUACGCGGGGGGUUGGGCUACUUGGUUGGUUAGAUUACCAGCCCCAGAUAUCCAGGGAAUGAAGCAUUAGUUACUUCUAAUACUGAAGCAAAUCAGUUAAACUAUCCGUCCAAGAUCUCAAGUAUAAUGACUAGUUGAAGGGUUAAACAAUAAGCUAAUAGAGUAUUAAUAAAUGUAAGGAAUCAGCUGUAGUUUAUAGGCGAAGCGUUUCCGC